CGUGCGCAGCACCGGAGGGAUCCGAUCGAUCUCUCACCGGCAGCUGACUCCGUCUGAUAUGAAUCAAGAGUUAUUCUGUUUGCGCUGUCGUAAUCUCAUUGCACGUUUCCCGUCAGGCCGUCCACUUUUAGUCAAUUAACAUCAAGUCAUGAUUUACAGCCUCUGCGACGAGGCGGACGGAGCAGUAGAACAUUGUGUUCCCUGCAGCAUGAAUGCGAAGCACUCGCAUUUGUAUAUGUUUAUGUGCUGCAUUACAUCAAAUGGAAAAUUACAGAAUACAUACAGAAUGCAAAAACCAAUGCAUUUUUAAUGGUAAAGGAUAAUUUGGAAACGUGUUUCAGGUUAAAGGGAUGCAGAUUCAUGAGUGGGACGCGCUGAAGUGAAUGGGCUGCAGCUGGCCUUAUAAAAUAAAUAAAUAAAUAAAUAAAUAAAUAAAUAAAAACGCCGUUUAGCUGUCAAGGAAACACGGACAUGAAUGAACCAAAAAGGCAAUGAAGGAGGAGACAAGUACGAACUCUUCCCUUUUUUCCUCGUUUCCUAAACCAAGAGAAGAGGGACCCCAUGGGUGUCCACUCACUCACUCACUUCCCCCCGCGCCACUCCGCCUCCUUUGUAAAAAAAAAAAAAAAAAAAAAAAAACGGGAGGAGGGUGAGGAAAAAAAUGAAGUCAAUUAUACAACACCCCGGCUCUCCGCAGCUCCCUCCUCUCCUCUGUAUUACUACUACAGCUGGCGGCUCCACAUGCGCCGCGGCGCUUCGUAGCCUUCACCGGGCACACCGGCGCCAGUCCGUAGGCAUGUCGGCCGGUGGCUCCGAGGGGACGGCGGACAGGCCAGCAGAUCCCACUGCAGAGGAAAAAGGGCCGAGCCAAGCAGGGCCCUCGCUGCCAGCUGUCGAGCUGCCAAGGAAACGAAAGGGAGUUGGAGAGGAGAGGUCAGACACCCAUGUACAGCAAAGCCUCGACUUCCAAAUGGAUGAUGUCCUCAGCAGGUCUGAAGGAGAGGAUCAGCAGGUCAAAAUGAAAUGUUCCAGGGAGCCUCACCGCCAGAUUGAGAAGCGACGCAGAGAUAAAAUGAACAACCUCAUUGACGAGCUGUCUGCCAUGAUCCCUGCCUGUCAGCCCUUGGCUCGAAAGCUUGACAAACUCACUGUGCUGAGGAAGGCUGUCCAACACUUGAAAGCUCUCAAAGCCGGGACGAGCAGCGCCUUUACAGACACCGCCUACAAGCCUUCCAUCCUGCCUCAUGAUGACCUCAGGCACCUUCUGCUCAGGGCUGCGGACAGUUUCCUGUUAGUCGUAAGCUGUGACCGGGCAAAAAUCCUGUUCAUCUCCGAGUCCGUCUCCAAGAUCCUUAACUUCAGCCGGUUGGAGCUUACUGGACAGAGCCUGUUCGAUUUCAUCCACCCCAAAGACAUCAACAAGGUGAAGGAGCAGCUGUCGUCUUCAGAGCUGCACCCUCGCCAACGCCUCAUUGAUGCGGCAACUGGAGCUCAGGUCCAGGCGGACGCCCCCGUCAGGGCGCCCCACUUGUCAACUGGGGCUCGGCGAUCCUUCUUCUGUCGCAUGAAGCACAGUCGGGUGGCAGGGAAGCACGAAGACAAACGCUCGCUGCCCAGUACUUCCAAAAAGAAAGACACUUACAGAUACUGUACCCUCCACUGCACUGGAUACAUGAGGAGUUGGCCGAGCAGCCAGCCGGACUCAGAGGGUGACGCAGAGAAAGAAGCCUCAAACGUGACCUGCCUGGUGAUGGUGUGCCGCCUCCACCCUCACUUGUCCCACCACCCUUCCAAAGACAUCAACGUCAAGCCCACUGAGUUCAUCACCCGUUGUGCGAUCGACGGCAAGUUCACUUUUGUAGACCAACAAGCCACGACAGUCAUUGGUUAUUUGCCGCAGGAAGUUCUCGGCACAUCGUGUUAUGAGUACUUCCACCAGGAUGACUUGCAGCACCUCGCAGAGAAACACAGGCAAGUUCUUCGAAGCAAAGAGAAGAUUGAGACACAGUGCUACAAGUUCAAAACGAAAUAUGGCUCCUAUGUUUCACUCCAAAGUCAGUGGUUUAGUUUCACAAAUCCAUGGACCAAAGAAGUCGAAUUUAUCGUGUCUUUAAACAGGGUUAUCUCCAGGGGGCCUGGUCACACAAAAGAUGAGGAGGCAGGCAGCUCAAAAGCUCUUCAGGAAGACACAAAGCAAAUACCCAUAAUUCCUGGCCUUUCCAGUGGUUUGGGCACAAUGAUCUACGCAGGCAGUAUAGGGACCCAAAUCGCAAAUGAGCUCAUCGACUCCUACAGGAUGAACUCCUCUCCAUCCAGUGGGGCUUCCAGUCCAUUUGGCUUGGCCCAGGAGAAGUGUCCACUGGUUUCCCCACAAACCAGCAGGAGUGCAUCCAGCAGAGAGGACACAGCAGGCAGUUCAUCACAGUCCCAGUCUGACUCGAGGACAGCAGCUGGCGCUAGCAGUGCAACUUGUGAAAGUACAGGUGAACCGUCCCAGCUGGACUUGGACAGCAUGGUGGUGCCAGGCCUGAGCAGCUUCAGCAGUGAUGAGGCAGCCAUGGCAGUCAUCAUGAGCUUGCUGGAGACAGAUGUAAACAUGGGUCAAUCGGGGGACUUUGAAGACUUACACUGGCCUUUCUAGAGGGCUCACAGACUUUCAGCCCCUCUACACGCUCUCGUGCCGUUUUCUUGCCGUUUGCCGACAGCUCGGGCGUUGAGUAGUUCUCGUUGUGACCGACGGAUCUGGCCUUGGACAACUGAACCCACGGGACUCAAGAGAUGCUGGGUGCAGACACAAGAUGGCGGACCUCAACCAUGGAGGACAGGUGACUCCAGUGUAGAGGUUUUUGGUGGUUUUCAUGAGACAGCGACAACCGCAGCAGGUUAGUGCACUGUAGGUUGGUUGAUCACAGACUUGAUGCACAAAGAUCCAAAACCUUUUUUAAACUGCAAACAAGGAGAGAUGAUUGUUGAUAAAACAGAACAGUGAUUAUCCUCAGCUCAUAAGACCUGGUGAAUUAUCUCUCCUUGUUCCUUGUUUGAACAUCUAAGUUAGUGGAUCUGAGUGCUUGUAAAUGUCUGUAAGAUCAUAUUCAGCUUCAAUCUGUUGAAAACAAUAUUUAUAGAAAUGAAUGUGGAACAUUUUACAUUUAAGAAUAUUCAUUAUAGGGUAAUUGUGGAGGACAAAGACAUUGUAUGUGUUGUAAAUAAUAUAAUUUUAUUGGUGAAAUAUUUCAUAUGUGUAUUUUUUUACAUAUGUAUUUUUUUAUGUUAUUAUUUGAAUAUGUUCUCCAAGAAUGUAAUUUUACAUAUUACUGUUUUAGGAUUUCAUUAAGAUUUUUUUUUUUGAACAGCAUAAAAACCUUAAUAAAUUAAUAAUAAUAAUUAAUUAUUAUUAGUAGUGUUAAAAACAUUAAAACAAUAAGAAACCAAUGCCACAUACUACACCAUUUACAACCUCAGCUAUUAAAGAAAACUGGCAAAAUACCAUGUUCAUAAAUGUAAAUUUAUAAGAAAUUAGACACAUAUAGACAUAGAUAGAAAUUGUAAUUGACAAUUAGAGAAAUGAAACUUACAUUGAUAGAAAUAUGUUAAAAAUAUACACCGAUUUAUUAUAGGAGCUCUCUUAAUACAUACAUGUAAAAGCACUACUUUAACCAUCAAAUCUGAACACAUCUGCCAUGAAGUUCAUGUGUCCUCCAUGGCUGAGGUCCACCAUCUUGUGUCUGCAGCCCGGUCCCCCUCACUGGAUCCUUACCAUCACAUACUUGAGGCCAGAUAGAAGUUUAAGUACCUGGUCCCCCGGCUCUCAUCUGUAGUAAAAUGAGGUUAUGGUGUCCUUGGAGCCUUUGGUGAUUCAGUGUCUUCUUCAGUGACACUUCAGCAUCUUCAGAGGGGCUUAAAGCCAGCCUUUCUACAGCAGAACGAUCUAUCUUUCCGUUCUGCUGCGCCCAGUGAGUAACCAAGGUCUGAUGGAGGAGAAUCAGACUCCCACCGUAUGCAGUGCUGCUAGAGAAACUCCUCAAAACUUUGACCUUUGUGAAAGCUGUGGUACCCAGUGAUGACUUACAUGUUUUUCAGAACAUGGUCUGAUUGUUCCAUUUUUUUUUACUGCUUUUUUUAAUCCACAUUUUAUGUAAUCUAAAAAAGAAAAA